CCGGCCGAGGCUCAGUCCGCACGGAGGACCGGCCCGAGCCUGGGGCGCUCGCGUCCCCUGCGUCCCUCCUGCCCGCCCGGGUCCCGCGCCCCUGGCCGCCUCGCCGCCGCGGCUCCUUUUGCCGAGAGCCAGAGUCUCCGCGCGCGUCGCCAUUUCUGGACUUGGCCGCCGCUUUCCGUGCUUUUUCUGCGGGCGCCUCUGCGAGCGGUGGAGCCGGGGUACUGACCGGGCUCCGGCCCCGCGCUCGGCGGGGCUCCCGAGGCGCUCGGCUUGAUUUGGGUUGGGGGGUGGGGAGGGCCGGUCCGGAGGGUGUCAGUCGAGAUGAGAGCCCGGCUUCAGGCCGCCUUCGUCUUCCAGAGAGGAGGCUCAGAUGAGCUCCUGCUGACUUGAGAGGGAAAGAGACCACGCUGAUUGCUGUGAGGAACUGGAAGAAGGGAAAAAAAAAAAACCGCUAAACUCAGUGAGAACUCCUCCCCCACCAUGAGCACCACCGUGUUGGUGACCUGCCUCCCGGACCCCAGCAGCAGCUUCCGCGAGGAUGCCCCACGGCCCCCGGUUCCAGGGGAGGAAGGGGAGACCCCACCUUGCCAGCCCGGGGUGGGCAAGGGCCAGGUCACCAAACCCAUGCCGGUCUCCUCCAACGCCAGGCGGAACGAGGGAGGGUUGGGAGAGCCUGAAGGGCGGGCAUCCCCGGACUCCCCUCUGACCAGGUGGAGCAAGUCCUUGCAUUCCUUGUUGGGCGAUCAGGACGGGGCUUACCUCUUCCGGACUUUCCUGGAGAGGGGGAAAUGCGUGGAUAUCCUAGACUUCUGGUUUGCCUGCAGUGGAUUCAGGCAGAUGAACCUGAAGGAUGCCAAAACUUUACGAGUAGCCAAAGCGAUCUAUAAAAGGUACAUCGAGAACAACAGCAUCGUCUCCAAGCAGCUGAAACCUGCCACCAAAACCUACAUAAGAGAUGGCAUUAAGAAGCAGCAGAUUGAUUCCAUCAUGUUUGACCAGGCGCAGACUGAGAUCCAGUCGGUGAUGGAGGAGAAUGCCUACCAGACGUUUUUGACUUCUGACAUAUACCUCGAAUACGUGAGGAGUGGGGGAGAAAACACAGCUUACAUGAGUAACGGGGGACUGGGGAGCCUAAAGGUCGUGUGUGGCUAUCUCCCUACCUUGAAUGAGGAAGAGGAGUGGACUUGUGCUGACUUCAAAUGCAAACUGUCACCCACUGUGGUUGGCCUGUCCAGCAAAACUCUGAGGGCUACAGCCAGUAUGAGGUCCACGGAAACUGUUGAAAAUGCUUACAGGUCCUUCAAGAGGAGUGAUCCCGUUAAUCCAUACCACGUAGGCUCCGGCUACGUCUUUGCACCUGCCACCAGCGCCAAUGACAGCGAGAUAUCCAGUGAUGCACUGACUGAUGAUUCCAUGUCCAUGACGGACAGCAGCGUGGAUGGAAUCCCUCCUUACCGCAUGGGGAGUAAGAAACAGCUCCAGAGAGAAAUGCAUCGCAGCGUGAAGGCCAAUGGCCAAGUGUCUCUACCUCAUUUCCCGAGAACCCACCGCCUGCCCAAGGAGAUGACCCCCGUGGAACCCACCACCUUCGCCGCCGAGCUGAUCUCCAGGCUGGAGAAGCUGAAGCUGGAGCUGGAGAGCCGCCAUAGCCUGGAGGAGAGGCUGCAGCAGAUGAGAGAGGAUGAAGAGAAGGAGGGCUCUGAGCUAGCGCCAAGCUCCCGGGAGGGUGCCCUCCCCCAGCACCCCAUCUCCCUCCUGCCCUCCGGCGGCAGCUAUGAGGACGACCCGCAGACGAUUCUCGACGACCACCUGUCGAGGGUCCUCAAGACCCCUGGCUGCCAGUCUCCGGGCGUGGGCCGCUACAGCCCCCGCUCCCGCUCCCCUGACCGCUCCCUCCACCAGCACCACUCCCUCCUCCUGCCCGGGAGCAAGCCGCCCCCCUCGGCCGCCCCACCAGCCGGCUGCCCCCUGCUCGGGGGCAAGGGCUUCGUGACCAAGCAGACGACGAAGCACAUCCACCACCACUACAUCCACCACCACGCCGGCCCCAGGACCAAGGAGCAGAUCGAGGCAGAGGCCGCGCAGAGGGCUCACUGCUUCUGCGCGGGAGGCCUCGCCUAUUACUGCUACUCUAAGUGCAAGAGCCAUCCCCGGGCCCCCGAUCCUGGGCCGGGGGAGCAGUUUGGCGGCAGCCGAGGCAGUACCUUGCCCAGACGGAGUGGGAAGGGCACCGAGUCAGGCCUGGCUCUGCCCGCCAGGGAAGGAGGGGCCCCAGGUGGAGCUGGGGCGCUGCAGCUUCCCGGGGAGGAAGGAGACAGGUCGCAGGAUGUCUGGCAGUGGAUGCUGGAGAGCGAGCGGGAAAGCAAGCCCAAGCCCCAUAGUGCCCAAAGCACCAAGAAAGCACACCCCGGGGAGCCUGCCCGGGCAGCCCCAGGCGAGCGAGCCAGCCGACACCACCUGUGGGGGGUUGGCAACGGGCACCCCCGCACCUUCUCCCGGGCCCACCCCUUCACCCAGGACCCUGCCAUGCCUCCCCUGACCCCACCCAACACCCUGGCGCAGCUGGAGGAGGCCUGUCGCCGGCUGGCUGAAGUCUCAAAGCCCCCAAAGCAGCGGUGCUGUGCAGCCGGUCAGCAGAGGGACAGGAGCCACUCGGCCACCGGCCAGGCAGGAGCCACACCCUUCUCCAGCCCGAGCCUGGCUCUGGAAGACCACAAAGAGCCAAAGAAACUGGCAGGUGUCCACCCGCUCCAGGCCAGCGAGCUGGUUGUCACUUACUUUUUCUGUGGAGAAGAAAUUCCGUACAGGAGGAUGCUGAAGGCUCAGAGCCUGACCCUGGGACACUUUAAAGAGCAGCUCAGCAAAAAGGGAAAUUAUAGGUUUUACUUCAAAAAAGCCAGCGAUGAGUUUGCCUGCGGAGCGGUCUUUGAGGAGAUCUGGGACGACGAUGCCGUGCUCCCCAUGUACGAGGGGAGGAUCCUGGGGAAGGUGGAGCGGAUCGACUGACCCCUUCGGGCCUGGCCUGGGUGAACUGUGGCGCCAAAGCCCACGCAGCCCGUCUGUUUUGGGCACAGGCAACGGUGACAAAACACUUUGAAGGAAAAUUAAACCAAUGAAGAUGACAAAGUCGAGGGAAGAAUUGGCCACAGGGCCUUUGGGAGGGUGGGGGGAGGUUGGAUUUCAUUAUUCACGAGCUGGGUACUGAGAUAAGAAAAGCCUGAACUAUUUAUUAAAAACAUGACCACUCUUGGCUAUUGACGAUGCUGACUGUAUUUGAGAGACUUCCGUACAUAAUAUAUGACUUCCUAGGGAUCUGAAAUCCAUAAACUAAGAGAAACUGUGCAUAGCUUACCUGAACAGGAAUCCUUACUGAUAUUUAUUGAACAAUUAAUUCCCCUCACCCCCAGUUUAUGGAUAUGCUGCUUUUAAACACAGAAGGGGGAGAGAGGAAGUUCUAAUCACUCUGUCUAAACUUGGGAGUAGAGCUAGGAGCACACGUUAAAUAAUUUCUUCAUUGAAAGAGGAACUGUGCUUUGCCUUGCAUUUGUCCAGGUGAAGAUAGACUUUUUAAAAUGGUGCCCUACCAUUCACAUACACAGAAAUUGGUGCAUUGUUUUUCUUUGCUGCUCUAUUUUGCCAUAAAGGUCUUGAGGGUCGACUGUCGCAACAUCACUCGUCAUGUUUGGGAUGACCCAUGGCGGGGUGGGGCGGCUGAUAGCGAAGGACCCAGGUUCACCCUGUGACAGCGGCCCGAGGUCCUGCAGCCCGCCCAGGGCCCAGUGGCUGAGGCCCAUGGGAUCAUCACCUUGUGGUUCAAGUUUAUGCUUUUAUUGAAAUGCCAGUUCCUUGGUUGGGUUUGUUGUUUUUUUUUUUUUUUUAAGUCUUUGGACCACAGCCAUUCCGGAACAGUUGUGAGAGGCUUCGCAGCACCCGUUCCCCCAGAACCCCUUCGUUCCAAUGUUUGGGUUUGUGUGUUAAGAUAACCUGUACAUUCUGUUUGCCAUUGUGACCUUGUGCUUUACGUCUGUAUAUAUUGAACGGCAAAGGCGUAUUAAUCCACUAUCUCUAGUGCUUGACUUCGAAUCAGUACAGUACCUGUACCGCACGGCACUCCUGUCGUGUGUCGCCCUGUGUUGAGGGCUCCAGCUUUCCCUUGUUUUUUCAAAGGGGUUUAUGUAUAAAUAUAUUUUAUGCCUUUUUAUUACAAGUCUUGUACUCAAUGACUUUUGCCAUGGCAUUUUGUUCUACUUAUACUGUAAAUUAUGCAUUAUAAAGAGUUCAUUUAAGGAAAACUACUUGGUACAAUAAUUAUUGUAAUUAAGAGAUGU